AUGUCAACCUUUGUUGUCCCGCAAAUCCGUUCAGAUGUCCCUCGUUCUUACAGUUAUCCAACUACCACAACAAAACGUCGUCGAAAAGAUACAUUUGUUGAACGAUUACUCAAGGAUCCAAUGCUUCAAACAAUGGCUGACAUCGGUAAACAAGAAGGUACAAUCAGUCCGUUACCCGCACCGCAGCGUGCUAGAACCAUAAACACUAGUCAAGCAAGAGAUAUUGAGAGUGUGGGUGCAAGUUUUAUAGACGAUAUACAUGAUGGUGCUUGGUAUCAUUUACGGGAGCACAUCCUUUUUUCCAGUUGUCCUAACAUAGGUAGCAAAUAUAGUUAUGGUAAAAUAUAG